AUGGCUAAAGCAUAUACAAUUUCUGAAUUUAAUAGUCUAAUGAAGAAGGUCGAACAAAUAAAUUUUAGGGUGAAAGACUACUUGCAGAAGGCUGGUUAUGACAAGUGGACUAGGGUGUAUGCUACUGUAAAUCAUGGUUUUACACUCACAUCAAACAUUGUAGAAAUCAUAAACAGGCAUCUAAAGGAAGCGAGGGAAUUGCCUAUAUAUGAUUUCUUAGAGGAAGCUAGAAAGAUAUUUGGCAGAUGGAAUCAUAGCAAGACACGCAUCCUUAUUUGCGGGAGAUACAAUGAUCUUCUUGAGUUAAAUGAGUCCAAGAGUACACGAAUAAGGGUUGUACCUGCAACGGACUUUGUUUAUACUGUUCUACAUGAAGAUAAAUGUUAUAUCGUUUGUUUGGAGAAGAAGACAUGUACUUGCCAUAGAUUUCAAAUGGAUGAAAUUUCGUGUGCUCAUUCUUAUCCAGUGUUAAAGAGAAAAUAUUUUGAAGCUGAUGAUUAUUGCUCUAACUUAUACAAGCUAGUAGCGGUGUUGGGCACGUAUAAGAUUCCUCUAUUACCACUGCCUGAUAGGUCUAUAUGGGAGAUACUAGAUUUUAUAUUUAACGAAAUUGUUCUGCCGCCAAAGGGAGACCAAAGAAAAGAGAAAAGUCAAAUGGAGAUUUUUACAAGACUAAAUCCACCAAUUCAUACAGUGCUUGUGGGAUGA